AUGUGGCUCAUCCUGCUAGUGUAUCAGCUUGCCCUGAUUCUCAGCGCUGAGGCUCAGAAUGCAUGCCUUACCCACCCUACAUUCAGGGAGCCAGCCAACUCUGACAUCACGGUCAUAUGUGGCACCGAGAAUAUGAAGCUGAGCAUCUUAAUGUGCCCGGUCUACUUUGGCGGGUACAACGAAUCCUUGAUGGCCCUCAAUGCCCAGUUUAGCAAACCAGAGUGCCACGGGACGCCCGAUUGGACAGUCAACCCGCCCAUCCUGAAAUUUAACUUCUCCAUUACCGAAGAAGCCAUUUCCAUCUGUGCCAACAAGUUAAAGAUCACCCAGGAGGUGGGCUCAGGAGUUUUCUCAGACUUUUCCAGUGUGCAGUUUGUCAACAUCUCCGGGAUGAUCAACUCUGUAGACCCCAACGCGGGCACCAUCACCUACCGGCAGGAGAUGAUGUAUAUUUUCUCCUGCCGCUACCCGCUGCAGUACCUGGUCAACAACACCCGGAUGAGCGUGUCUGGCGUGAGUCUGGCAGUCAAGGACAACAAUGGGAGCUUCAUCAGUACUCUGAGCAUGCAGCUGUAUGAGGAUUCGACCUACCUGAAGCAACUGGUAAUGCCGAGUACUGGAGUGAGGCUGAAGACACGGAUCUUUGUGGAAGUGAAGGCGACAAAUCUCACAGAAAGGUUCAACGUGUUGCUUGACCGGUGCUACGCUACAACGGCUCCCUUUCCCACCAACAGCACCUACUAUGACCUCUUUGUUGGGUGCACACGUGACGGGCAGACAGUGAUGGGGAUGAACGGGCAGGCCCAGAGCGCUCGCUUCUCCUUCGAGGCCUUCCGCUUCGUUCAGCACAAGAACAUGACCGUCUCCACCUUCUACCUGCAUUGCGCCACUAGGCUCUGCGACAAGGCCGUCUGCAGCUCCCUGCAGCCCAACUGUUCAGCUACUGGUCUGAGGAGGAAAAGAGAGGCUGAUGCAAAAACAGGAACAGUCGUUAGUGACGUGGCCAUGGUCACAUCAGGGCCUAUCGUCACAAGAGUGGACAACGGAACAACGGAUUCCCAGGGAAACGGGCCCCUGCUGGGUGUGGCCGUCACGGCCGGGGUGGUGUCUGCGCUCUUUGUCUCCCUGGCGAUGUACAUUGUCUUCCGCGCCCGCUCGUCAAAGAAGCAGGAGAAGGACGCAGUCACCAGCUCCCCAGACCCCGCAUUCCACGGCUGGCUUUCUAUACAUCCACAGAGCCUCUGUCUGCUGACCCAGAUCUCCAGAGGCCGCAGCUCGCCCGUACCGCACGGGAGAGGGGGGAUUGUCUACCUGAAAGGGGAGAAGGAAGCUUUCUCUCACGAGACGUCCCGAUCAAAGCCGCGCAGAGACGUAUGGCUGAAUUUCCCACACGUUGCUCGAGCCACGUGA